AUGAAAACGAAACGAAAAGCGCAUAUCUGUGUCAGAAAUAAAGAGAAUGAGAGAGCGACAACGGAAUGGGUCGUGCCUAGGGAAAUUUUCCGUCCGCGGGGGAACUUGUUAAAUGGCGUUGUGUUGUUGGCCGAGUCACUUCGUGCUCUCCAAUCCGUCUUCAAUGACACAAUGAGCAAAGGCAUAAGGAACUUGGUGUCGAAACGAAAGAGAAGAUUCAAAGAAGAUGGGUACGACUUGGAUCUUAGCUAUAUCACAGAUCGACUUAUUGCAAUGGGCUUCCCUGCUCAGAAGUUGGAGGGUGUGUACAGAAACCAUAUUGACGAUGUUUCCCGCUUCCUAGAAGAGAGGCACAAGGACCACUAUAGAAUAUAUAAUUUGUGCUCAGAAAGAAAUAGAUCGUAUGAUGUCACAAGAUUUCACAAUCGGGUCAGAAAUUUCCCUUUUGCUGACCAUAACCCACCACCUCUGAUUGACAUUGAGCCGUUAUGUAAAGACAUGGCGGACUGGUUGGCUGCAGACUCAAGGAAUGUGGCUGUUGUACAUUGUAAGGCAGGAAAGCAGGACAAGCUGUUCAGUGCUUGGCUAAAUACGCACUUUAUAUUUGAAGAAGGAAAGAAAGUAACCAAUGGGUGUCAGAUAACAGCAUCAGACCAAAAUAAUCACAACAACACUUGCAACACACAAAAUAGACACAGAAGCAAUAGUUUUCGCGUGGCGAAGCAUGACAACUAUAGGCGCAAGAGACGUGAGUCUGGUGAUGUGAGGGCGCUCCCUGGAGGCCUCGGUUGUGGUGGUGGGGGCAGACAAGACUCAUGUGAGAAUGAGAGGCACAUUCGAGGGGAGGUUGAGAGCAAGAGCCUUCCCACAGGCCAUCUUACCCAUCUUACUGAUGAGGAGUGGACCCCUAUUGGCAAUCUCAGUCCCCCUCCACAUCCCCGCCAGCAAAGUCGCCACCGCCGUCGCCACCACACCCAGCACCUCCCUGUAUGUGGUGGAGCUCGAGACUCUUGGGAGGACUCUAAAAAAGGAGAGCAGGAGGUACUGGUGGUCCUCACCAAAAAUGAGCUAGACAAGGCCAACAAAGAUACACAUCACAAAUUGUUACCAGAAGACUUCAGGAUAAAACUUUGGUGGCUGGUUACAUAUGUUAACAAAGGAGGAAGCAAUGCCUUAGAGUCUCGGGAAAGUGGUUCGACUCCAAGCACAAUCACGCCCUCUGGUUCCUCGUCCGACACAGAUGACGAUGAUGAUGAUGACGAAGAAGAGGGAAGUGACUGGGACUCAGAUGGCCACUGCCCAGAGCGCUACGUGGGUCGUUAUCGGCUCAUGUCGGAUUGUUCGGCUGCUCACCCGAAUCAUUACACGAUGCCGGAGGGCCCCACAUGACCCUAGCCCCCCCCCACUUCCACACAUCCUGCUUCCCUAUGACACAAACAUGAACUACAACCCG